AUGUUUAGUGUGACUGCUCAAGGCUGCAUCAAGCCAGGUGAUAAAAGCCAGUUCUCCAGAAGCCUGUUGGCUGCGUUGGCGCUCAGGUCUGUAGACCUGCAGAAGUCUCAGAACAACAAAGACCAUCACACAAAGGAGAUGGGCCCCAAGCGGCUAGUGGUGCGCCGGGGCCAGUCCUUUGCUCUUCGACUGUAUUUCAAUCGGCCCUUCCGUGCUGGGUCUGACUCCAUCACCUUCAUAGCUGAAACUGGACCUGCACCCACAGAACGGCUUGGAACCCGUGCCACCUUUGUGCUCACCCAGGCCCGGCGGGGUAACACCUGGAGUGCAUCUGACUUCAUUGUGGACGCCAACUCUCUCUCUGUCUCCAUUUUCACUCCUGCCAACUCGAUUGUUGGCCCCUACAGCCUGAAGAUAGAGAUUGCAAGAGGCCCAGGCCUAGGGCAUGUGACGCACCCUGUGGGGACUUUCAUACUGCUUUUUAACCCUUGGAGUGCAGAGGAUGACGUCUACCUGCCGAGUGAGAUACUGCUACAGGAGUAUAUCAUGAUGGACUAUGGCUUUAUUUACAAGGGCCAUGAAAAGUUUAUCACUUCCUGGCCCUGGAACUAUGGGCAGUUUGAAGAGGACAUAAUAGACAUCUGCUUUGAGAUUUUGAACAAAAGCCUGUACUUCCUAGAGGACCCGUCCAGAGACUACUCACAGAGAAAUGACGUGGUGUAUGUCUGCAGGGUGGUGAGUGCCAUGAUCAACAGCAAUGAUGACAGUGGCGUGCUUCAGGGGAACUGGGGAGAGGACUACUCGCAGGGGGUGAGCCCGCUGGAGUGGACCGGCAGUGUGGCCAUCCUUCGGCAGUGGUCAGCCAGGGGCAGGCAGCCAGUGAAGUACGGACAGUGCUGGGUCUUUGCAGCUGUUAUGUGCACCGUAAUGCGAUGCCUAGGUGUUCCAACCCGGGUCGUUUCCAAUUUCCGUUCUGCACAUAACGUGGAUGGGAACUUGACCAUUGACAGCUACUAUGAUCAAAAUGGAGAGAUGCUGCCAAUUAAGAAACAAGACAAAAUCUGGAAUUUUCAUGUCUGGAAUGAGUGCUGGAUGAUCCGGAAAGAUCUCCCUCCAGGCUACAAUGGUUGGCAGGUUCUAGACCCUACUCCCCAGCAAACUAGCAGUGGACUGUUCUGCUGUGGCCCGGCUUCUGUAAAGGCUAUCAGGGAAGGUGAGGUCCACCUGCCCUAUGACACCCCAUUUGUGUACGCUGAGGUCAACGCUGAUGAGGUCAUUUGGCUCUUGGGGAAUGGUCAGGCCCGGCAAAUACUGGCCCAUAACACCAGCUCCAUUGGAAAUGAAAUCAGCACCAAGAUGGUAGAGUCAGACCAGCGCCAGAACAUUACCAGCUCCUACAAAUACCCAGAAGGAUCCCGUGAGGAACGAUCCAUAUUUAUGAAGGCCUCCCGGAAAAUGCUGGGCUCCAGGCGGGCUUCUUCCCCCUUUUUGGACCUGCUUGGCUCUGUGGCUUUGAAAGAGCAGCCGGCACAGUUGCAACUGCAUCUGGCCAACCCCCCCGAGUGGGGCCAUGACCUGUUACUGAGGCUACAUGCCUGGAGGGUGCCUGACAGGACCCACUUGCAGGGACCCAUUUCACUGGUGGUCCGUUUCUGUGCACAAGCCCUGCUGCACAAGGGCGGUGCCCGGGAGCCCCUGUGGAGGCAAACAGUGCGUCUGCAGCUGGACUUCGGGAAGGAGACACAGCAGCUGCUCUUGCUGCCUGCCAGCAAUUACAGAAACAAGCUGACAGAUGAAAAGCUCAUCCGUGUGUCUGGCAUUGCUGAGGUGGAGAAGAUUGGGAAGUUUAUUUUGGUCGUGAAGGAUAUCUCUCUGGCGCCUCCUCAGUUGUCUAUUGAGGUAUCUCUGAGGGCUGAGGUGGGCAAGGCAUUGCAUGUCCGCCUUACCCUCACCAACACACUGACGAUGCCUCUGACCAAGUGUUCCAUGGUGCUGGAGGGCAGCGGUCUCAUCGAUGGACAAAUAGUCCAUGAACUCGGAACUCUAAUGGUUGACCACACAAUCCAUGUGGAGCUGGAUCUCUACCCCAUCAAGACUGGAGCACGCCAGCUACAAGUUCUCAUCAGCAGCAAUGAGGUCAAGGAGAUCAAGGGCUACAAGCACAUCUUUGUCACUGCACCCAAGGCUUCCUGA